AUGGCCCGACUCACAAUCUUGGCUGGGCUGUCACUUUUAAUGUGCCUUCAAAUGGUGUCAUCUACCAAACUGGUGUGCUACUUCACCAACUGGUCCCAGUACAGACCAGGUGUUGGCAAAUAUAUGCCAGCCAAUGUUGAUCCCAACCUCUGCACGCACCUGAUCUAUGCCUUCUCAAUAAUCAACCAUGCCAACGAGCUGACCACCUACGAAUGGAAUGACGAUGUUCUCUAUAAGGCCUUCAACGCCCUCAAGAACAGAAACCCUGAGCUGAAGACUCUGUUGGCUGUCGGUGGAUGGAAUUUUGGAUCUACACAAUUUACCAUCAUGGUUUCAUCCCCUGCCAACCGUCAGAGGUUCAUCCAGUCCUCUAUCCGUUUCUUGAGAUUGCAUGGUUUUGAUGGGCUUGACUUGGAUUGGGAAUAUCCUGGGGCUCGGGGAAGCCCUCCAGAGGACAAGGAGAGAUUCACAGUGCUUUGCAAGGAGUUACUUGAUGCAUUUGAAAAGGAAGCUAUUGCCACAAAAAAACCGAGGCUGAUGCUCACAGCUGCAGUGGCUGCUGGGAAGGGAAAUAUUGACAAUGGAUAUCAAAUCGCUGAGGUGUCAAGGUACCUGGACUUCAUAAAUAUCAUGACCUAUGACUUCCAUGGUGCAUGGGACCCAUUCACUGGGCACAACAGCCCUCUGUACCGCAGCUCUGUGGAUGUUGGGGAGCACAUCUACUUCAAUGUGGACUUUGCUAUGAAAUACUGGAGAGACAAAGGAGCCCCUGUUGAAAAGCUUAUGAUGGGUUUUGCAACCUAUGGACGCACAUUUCGCACAACUUCAGCAGCCAAUGGUGUUGGAGCACCUGCCAGUGGAGCAGCCUCUGCCGGGCCCUACACUCGCGAGGCUGGGUUUUGGUCCUACUAUGAGAUUUGCACCUUCGUUCAAGGAGCCAGUAUCCAUUGGAUUGAUGAGCAAAAGGUACCCUAUGCCAUCAAAGGCAAUGAAUGGGUUGGAUUCGAUAACAAGCAGAGCUAUGAAAUCAAGGUACAAUAUCUGAAAGACAACAAGUUUGGAGGCGCCUUCAUCUGGGCCUUGGACCUGGAUGACUUUGCCGGACAGUUCUGUGGUCAGGGUACCUACCCCCUCAUCAGCCAUCUACGCUCUCUUCUGGCCUCAGAUUUGCCAACUCUUCCUCCCCCAACAACCCAUCGGCCUGUGAUCACAACGAAUGGCCCGGGCCCUGCCACAAACACUACGGCUGCUGCUGUCACCAUAACCACUGCUGCCACUGCCACUACAGCUGCUGCCACCACCACGACCACUGCUGCUGCCACCAGGACUACCACUUCUGUUUCUGGUGCAGAUUUCUGUCGGGGGAAGGUUGACGGCCUCUACAUAAAUGAGAGAGACGGCAACUCUUUCUACCAGUGUUUCCAAGGAUACACUUACCUCCAGAGAUGCCCAGCAAAUCUUAUUUUCAGUGACCAAUGCAAGUGCUGCAACUGGCCUUAA